AUGAAUAUAACGCAUUUUGAACACCAACUUGAACAUCAAGUGAAGGUUCCAACACCAAACUAUAUGGAUAUCAGUUUGAUGUACGGCAAUGAAUCCGGACGAAAUGCGGACGUGUAUAGCCUUGCCGACGUCGAUCUACUUUUUGCGAAUAUUGAACUAGAUAUUUACAUUGACCUCGGCGUGGUGAACAUCAUUCUUAUCGUACUCUAUAGCGCCAUCUUCAUCGUCGGUCUCCUUGGCAAUAUAUUUGUUAUCGUCGCGAUCAUUAAGUUCAAAAGUCUGCGCACGCUUACAAACUACUUUCUUUUGAACCUCACAGUUGGUGACAUAUUGGUUAUAUUGGUUUGCAUACCUGUCACUCUUGGAAGUACGGUGUACAAGAAAUGGAUUUAUGGCCAAAGUAGAAGAAGCAGUAGAAGUUUUACUAGUAAUAGUAGUAGAACUAGUAGUAGU